UGGACUGUCGACUACUACACGAUAGAUACCUCCAUCUAUACACUCUGGGAAACAUCGCACAUGGCAUGAUAUUGCCGGUUGCCUGGUGUUCUUUGCAAAGCGCAACUUUAAGUCGGCUUAAUAACGUAACGAAGGUUUUGUACAAGUACAUACAUGCAAGAAAGAAGAGUCUGAAAUGGAUGACGCAGAGUUGGAACAGAUCCGGAAAGCUCGCCUGGAGCAGCUCAAAGCCCAAGGAGGGGCGAAGUCUUCGUCAAGUGGCAGCAAUCAGGACCAAGCACAGAGACAACAACAAGAAGCCGAAGCACGCAAGUCGGUCCUCAACCAGAUCCUCGAGCCGGAGGCUGCCGACCGACUGGGACGAAUUCGGCUCGUCAAAGAGCAGCGAGCAACCGACAUCGAGAACCGACUGAUCAUGCUAGCGCAGACUGGACAGCUGCGACAGAAGGUGACGGAGGAGCAGCUCAAAGAGCUCCUGAACGCCGUGGCGGACAACAAGGAGGAGGAGAAGAUCGUGGUGAGCCGGAGGAAAGGGUGGGAGGAUGACGACGACUUACUGGACCUGUAAGGCGACGCUCGGGAGGAUUGCUCAGCAUUGUUUUGGCUUUAUUAACAUGGGUCGAUGAGAUGCGGUGGAGUUGGCAGGAAGGAUGGGACAUUUGCCCUUGAGCCCC